AUGGGCGGGGGAAGUCAAGGGGAGGCGUCGAGCACGGGAGCCUCCUCUUCACUGAGCCUACACGCCAGCGUGAUUCAAAAGAGCAUGAUGAGUCAAUCACGGGGCAAAGUCAGUCCGAGCGACAAGUGCGUGUAUGUGUAUGUGAGAGGUCAAGCCAAAACGAGGGGAAGCAAGCAGGGGAACAGGUCUCGAGGGCCAAGGCAGGAGGCGCAGCAGCAACCAUGGCCAGCUCUCUCUCUCUCUCUCUCUCUGAUCGUGAGUCCACACACACACACACACACACACACACACACACAGACAUGCACGCGGCUUUACCCCGUGAAGCAAAAAAUGACUGACUCUCUCUCUCUCUCUCUCUCUCUCUCUCUCUCUCUCUCUCUCUCUCUCUCUCUCUCUCUCUCUCUCUCUCUCUCUCUCUCUCACAUCUCAUCUCUCAACGUGGUGGAAGACGAAGAAAAACGAAGAAGAGAACGAGGGGCAGUUGUCAAAAAGAAUGACAAUGGCGACCAAAUGAAAGAUUCGUGUGUGUGUCAGCAAGAUGGAUCAUGA